UCUUCGUCUCGUCCUCGUACGUUCUCUCACCACGUUCCCGUGGCUCGAGACACGCGUUUCAAGUGCACCGUAUGUGUGCGUGCGUGCGCGCCCGCUCCUACCAGCGUGCGUAACGUUACGGGUGAAAACUAGGGCAUCGCGAAAAGUGUUUGAAAUUCCCGUCCAAGAACUUACGUUAGGUGCACGGGUGUUCUCAUGCGUCCCGUUGCCAUCGGUCGUUCGUUUUUCCGACCGUAGCGCUGGCCCCUCAUCAGUGCUCGCGGCCUCGGGACAGUGGACACCCCCGACGAGAGUGACGCCUGAGACCCAUGCCGUGUCCCGUCACCUUAUCUUUGGGUCACGGCAAUCCGAACUUUCUAAUCGGUUUUCUUUGACCACGGAAAAUCCGACGCGACCUAGUCGGAGAGGGUCGACUCUGCUCUGUCACUACCUCUUAUACGUGUGCCAACGUUUAUUAUAAUAAUAGAGUAAUAUGUGUAACAAUGCUAUUUUAUAAUAAUUAUUAUCCUUGGAACGAGUAAAAAGCGAAACGUGUUUGAUGUUAUCAAACUGGUUUUUUCUUUCGCCAUUCGUACAAUCUCUAUUAAGGGAAUUGGAAAGUUCAUCUCACAAACAUUAUCUGCUGCUGUUUUAUUGGUUUUCGGGUAGCGUGUUAUAUAUGCAUGAUGCUCUGUUUUACUCUCACAUAUCUAUGAUUCAGAAUACCUAUUUUUUACUUCGAUUUUGUUUUUUCAACGUUGGAUAUUUGCUCAAAGGAAACACUUCAGGUUAAAUAUUAAUUAAUAAUGAAGGUACCAAAGGAAGAGUCUAAAGAUCAAAAUAAUGACAACACACUCAAUGAUGAUGACAAUUUGAGUAAUCCUUAUGAUACCGAAUCAAAUUCAGAUUCAAUUGAUCCUCCAACUCGAGAUGGUGAUUUUUCUGAAUAUAUGUGGAUGGAAAAUCAAGAAGAAUUUGAUCUACAAGUUAUGAAAGAAUUAGAAGAAAAAGAAUUGAUGAAGGAAUGUCUUGAGGCUAUGUUAGAUGAUGAACAUAGCAACAAACAAAAUGGUUCAACAAAUGGUGAUAUUCAAACAAAUGGGUCGAGCAGUUCUACCUCAAUGAUGACACAUAGACUUGAUCAUAUGAGCUUAAAUUCAUCUUGUGAUCAACCAAGGCAAUCUACCAGUACUUUAAAUCCAGAUGCAGCUGAAUUCGUACCAUUAGCAACCAGGUCUGUGAAUAAUGCGUCUGUAGUGGUAGCAAGUCCUUCAUAA